CUACUGUUGAGCCUCUGCGCUGUAUAAUACACGAUAUAUGGCGCCGAUACCACCUUCAAAGCGCCGUCGUGCGCACACCGACGACUUUGAAACUGUCGAGAGCGACGCGGGGGAUACCCGACGGAGUCGCACCAAACGACCUCGCCAGACUGCUUCUCCAGAUUUCGGAUCAGAUGCCAGCUCUAUUGAAGAAGAUACCGCCAGUGUCCAGAGCAGGGCUCCAGCCGAACAGGUGCCUGACGGCGUGGACGAGGAUGGGGCCUUUUACCAACGAGCGACCCAAGUCGUUGAGAGACAACUUAGAGAGAGCGCGAACAGGAAGAAUGUUCCAGCAGAACAGGGAAUCGUGGAGGAGAUACGGUGCACCAACUUCAUGUGUCACGAGCAGUUAACCGUCACCCUCGGGCCGCUUAUCAACUUCAUCAUCGGUCAUAAUGGCAGUGGCAAAAGCGCAGUUCUCACUGCUCUGACUCUGUGCCUCGGAGGCAAGGCCACCUCCACGAACCGCGGUCAAAACCUGAAAAGCUUCAUCAAGGAAGGCAGAGAUUUCUGCGUCCUUUCUGUGAAAAUCAAGAACCAAGGCUCGGCCGCUUUCAAACCAGAUGUCUACGGAAGGUCCAUCAUUGUCGAGCGGCAUUUCAAUAAGGCUGGAACGUCCGGCUUCAAGCUCAAGGAUGUGAACGGUAGAACCGUCUCGACCAAGAAAGCGGAGCUAGAGGAUAUCAUCGACGCCUUUGCCUUGCAGAUUGACAAUCCCAUGAAUGUUCUGACACAAGAUAUGGCCCGACAAUUCCUCAACGAUUCGUCCGCUAAGGACAAGUACAAGUUCUUCCUCAAAGGAACUCAGCUAGAAAGCUUGAAUAAUGAAUAUGUUAUGGUAGACGAACGCCUGCAGGAAUUGAUAGCCAAAGCUCAGGUUGUAAAUGCCGACGUUGAAGUAUACCGGAAGCGAUUCGAAAAGGCGACAGAGAAAGCUAGGCGUGCAGCAAAUUUGGAAACCAUGAGAGCCCGUGAGAAGCUUCUCAUGAACCAGAUGGCAUGGGCAGAAGUUGAGGCCAAGGAGAAGGAACUGGGAGAGAUCGAUGACGAGAUCGAACGGGUAAAUCAGAUCAUACAUGAGAGGACUGUAGAAGCGGAUGAUGCCUCGAGGCUUUAUGAGCAAGCGAACCAAGCAUGGUCUAAUGCGAACCAAAGCAUUCAGGACCGCCAGAGUGAAUUACUUCCAGUGGAACAGGAACGUGCUGACCUGCGGGCACAGUUUGAUGAGACGAAGUCUCGUCUACUGAAGAUGCAGACUGUUCAGCGACAAAUCGGCGGCCAAAUAAGCAGCAAACAGAAGGCUAUCAACGAUUAUGAAGCCCAGAUCCGUGAACACCGACAGCGACAGAUCGAAGCAGAUAACGGUCUACAUGCACAGAAGACUCAGGAACUUGAAGAAGCCAAGGAGCACUGCGAAAACCUCAAAGCUAAACUAGAAACUCACGGCGAUGGACUGCCAGAACUGAACCAACGGUUGAGGUCGGCCCAGGGAAAAAGGAUGCAAACGAACGACCACGUCCAGCAGAAACAAGAGGAGAUCAGGAGAUCGAAGAAGACCAUUAACGACAUCGAGAACGGUCAGCGCAAUUGGAUGGACUCAUAUCCCAAUCCCGCAAAUCUUCACAAGCUGUUGAGAGCGAUAGGAGAAGAACGGCGGUUUCACGAACGUCCGAUCGGUCCCAUAGGUCGACAUAUAAAAUUACAGAAACUCGAGUGGAGUUCCAUCUUGGAGAAGCAGGCCGGUGGCACGCUCAACGCGUUUGUGGUUACAAGCAGAUCUGACCAGAACCUACUCUCUUCGCUCAUGAAAAGGACUAACUAUCAAUCCGCGAUCCUAAUUGGUAACGACCAACGGAUUGAUACCAGUCGUCACGAGCCACCCCCCGACAUGGACACUUGGAUGCGAGCCAUAAAGAUUGAUAAUAAUCUCGUUCGUAAUCAAAUGAUCAUCAAUCACGCUAUCGACCAAAUUGUACUCUUGCCCUCCCGAAAAUCCGGCCAAGACUUUAUGCACGACGGUGGAAGCCGCAGGGUCAACGUGAAAGCUGUCUACACUUUCUCAGAUAAGAACCCUCGCAAAGGCCAUGCCAUUAACUUCAACCCGCAAAGCGGGGCUGUCAAUAUGGGACCCAUUCUUGAAUAUGUCGGCGCUACCCGAAUGCAAGCAGACAAGGAACCUCAACUCAGAGCCGAAAGGAGCAAUCUUGAACGUCUUCAGCGAGAACUUCAGGAACUACAGGGACAGGCGAAAGAGCUUCAGGGUCAGCUCAAUGCUUGCCAGCAUGCUAUCAACGAACACGAGAAACAGAAGAAACGUCUCACCGUCCAGUUCCAAGAGGCUCAAUCCGCCGUUGAGAACUUGGAAGAGGAGCUGAAUGCCGCAACGCCAGAUGCCGGGCUGAUUGCACAAUUAGAGAAAGAUCUGCGUGAGGUCAAGAACGACAAGAAGUUCAUCGAGCAACAGUACCAGGAUAAUGUUACCGAAAAAGAUGAUCUGGACAAAUCCCAACGCAAGAGCAAGGCCGACCUUGAUGCGGCUCAGGCACGCCUAGAGCGACUGAACAUUGAACUAGGCAAGGCGGAGGCGAAAGCAUCUAAGUUGAGUCAUAGGCGAGAACAAGCACUACGGGAAAAAAACCGUUCUCUAGAGGAAGCCAACGAAGCCCAAGAGAACAAGUCUGAGUGGGAUCGGAAGCGUGGGCAACAACAGGAGCUUGUCCAAGGAACUAUUGCGGAAGCCGAACAAGUCUGUCCACGCGUGGAAGUUCCACCUCGCGAAACGUUCCAGAGUCUCGAGACAAAGCUGCAGAGACUGCAGAAGGAACGUCAGGACAGCGAGAGAGAACUUGGUGGCUCAGAGGUAGAGCUUUUGCGCGCUGCUAAUGUGGCAAAGAAAACUCUCAAAGAAGCCAAAGACGCUGUCGCCGAGAUGGUGCAUAUUGAAAAAGUAUUAAUGAAGGCGCUGAGCAACCGAAGGGAUCGCUGGCAAGUAUUUCGAGACCAUAUAUCUAUGCGAGCAAGGGUUGUAUUCGGAUAUCUGCUCAGUGAGCGGAAUUUCCGAGGCCAUCUUGAUCUUGACCAUCUUCAACAACUCCUCGAUAUCAAGGUCGAACCUGAUAUCACGAAGCGGAAUGAUGCCGGCAGACAAACCAAAACUCUCUCCGGAGGCGAAAAAUCGUUCUCCACUAUUUGCUUGUUGCUUGCGCUUUGGGAUGCCAUGGGCUCCCCGAUACGGUGCCUAGAUGAAUUCGACGUUUUCAUGGACAGCGUCAACAGAGAAAUCAGUAUGAAGAUGAUGAUUGGAGCUGCUCGCCGUUCCGUUGGGCGCCAGUAUAUCCUGAUUACGCCCCAGGCUAUGAGCAGCGGGAUAAAAAAUGAAGGCGAUGUCAAGAUUAUAAGAAUGAAUGAUCCUGAACGAGGCCAGACUGCACUCCCUUACGCGCGCUGA